GGUGCGCGCGCGUGUGUGCGGGAGGUGUGUUCCUGUUCACCUGAACGGCGAACGGCGCUCUCUCAUGUGCGGGAUCAGAGCGGAACCCGAGAGCCGCAUCUCGAGAGGAGCUCGCGCGCGGAGCCGACCCGCUACCGAGAGCACGAGGGGACCCGGGGAGGAGGCGGAGGAGGAGGGAGAGGAAGAGGAGCCGCGCGGCUGCAGCAAAUGGCAACGUGCGCAGUCACAAACUACAGCAAUGUGGCGGAGGCGUCGGACUCGGACGACGAGGACAAGCUUCACAUCGUGGAGGAGGAGAGCCUGCCGGACGCCGGGGACGGAGACGGGGACAGCAGUGUGCCGGAGGACGAGCUGGCGCUGGCACAGAAUGAGGAGGGCUGGGGGGAGGACGCGCGCGUGGAGAGCCUGGGGCCGGCGACACGCACACGCAAAGUAGGCUAUAAAGUAAAAGACGAGUGUGGCUCCGAUGGGGAGGAUGCGGGCAGCACGGACGCCAUGGUCGAGGAGAUGCUGCAGCAGGGCGACACGGCGGUCAUUUACCCCGAGGCUCCCGAGGAUGAACCGAGGCAGGGCACCCCAGAGCCCAGCGGCCACGAUGAGAACGGCACCCCGGACGCCUUCUCGCAGCUGCUCACGUGCCCUUACUGCUCCCGUGGCUACAAGCGCUACACCUCCCUGAAGGAGCACAUCAAGUACCGGCACGAGAAGAGCGAAGACAACUUCAGCUGCUCCCUGUGCAGCUAUACCUUUGCCCACCGGACGCAGCUGGACCGGCACAUGACCGCGCACAAGACCGGCCGAGAGCAGCGACACGUGACUCAGGCGGGGGCCAACAGGAAGUUCAAGUGCACCGAGUGCGCCAAGGCUUUCAAGUAUAAGCACCACCUGAAGGAGCACCUGCGCAUCCACAGCGGGGAGAAGCCGUACGAGUGCUCCAACUGCAAGAAGCGCUUCUCCCACUCCGGCUCUUACAGCUCCCACAUCAGCAGCAAGAAGUGCAUCGGCGUGGUCCCCGUGAACGGCCGGCCCCGCCCACCGGCAAAGGGCCCUCAGUGCACAUCCCCCCCCGUGGCCUCCCUCCCGGCGGCGCCGGUCCGCAUCCAGCUCCGCGAGAAGGUCGACAACGGGAGGCCCUUGCAGGAGCAGUUGCCCCUCAACCAGAUCAAGGCAGAGCCAGCGGACUGCGAGUACAAACCCGUCGUGAUACCGACCACUGUCAACGGGGUUUUCCACAGUGCUCCUGUGCUCCAGGCGGCGCCGGCCCCCCAAGGCCUGGUGCAGGCCGUGGUGCUGCCCACCGUAGGCCUGGUGUCACCCAUCAGCAUCAACCUAAGUGACAUCCAGAAUGUUCUCAAGGUGGCGGUUGACGGGAACGUGCUUCGCCAAGUGUUGGAGAGCAACCAGGUGAACGCGUCGAACAAGGAGCAAGGGGGCACCACGGGGCAGCCGGGACAGCCAGCCAGCCGCUCCGUCAUCUCGGCCAUCAGUCUUCCUAUCGUGGAACCGGACGGCACCACCAAAAUCAUCAUCAAUUACAGUGUAGAGCCCAGCCAGCUGCAGCCCAUCGCCCAGGUCCCAAAGAAGGAGCCGGCGAAAAACACAGAGGUGUGUAAGGCUGAGAAGCUUCCGGAGGAUCUGACCGCGAAGGCCGGGUGCGGCAAAACGGCCGACGGCACGGAGGCGGAGGAGGCGGCUCCUGCCCCUGCCCCCGUGCAGACGGGCAGUACUUGUCUUCUCUGUGACGAAUGCCCUGGGGGGUUAGAUGCGCUCGACAAACUAAAACACUGUAAAGCGGAGGGAGGAACGGUCAGCCCAAGUGUAGACGGGGCAGAGCCAGACAGGACCGCUUCCGUAGUGUCAUCCCUCCUCUCCGAUGGGGGACUCUCCCCCAGCCAGCCUCCUUUGAAAAACCUCCUCUCUUUGCUCAAAGCUUAUUUCGCAUUGAACGCAGAGCCGACCCAGGAAGAGCUGGAAAAGAUCUCAGACUCAGUAAGUUUGCCGAAGGAUGUGGUCAAAAAGUGGUUUGAGAAGAUGAGGGCAGGGCAGGUUUCGGCGCCAGGUAAUGACCCUCCUCCUCCGGAGCCGGCGGCUCCCGCCUCCGAGUCCGGUGGGGCUGAGGCCGAGCCCCCCCCUGCCAAGGAAGGGCAGGCCAAGCAGCAGGAGGCCGAAGUGAUCACCGACGGUCCGCUUACCGCGGCCCGACCGCAGGCUGCCGACCCCGGCGAGGCCGAGGGUGACCCGUCCCCGCCAUCGCCACUAAACCUAUCCUCGAGCGGGCUCGCUAUGACUGCAACUGCCGAGGAGCCAGGAGGCGGGACUCAGGCAGAGCCGCUUGACCUGUCACUACCAAAGCUCCCACGCGAGGAAGCCGGCGGAGCCGCCGGCAGCGCUGUUUACCACAACAGUGUUUACUCUGUUCAGGAAGAACCCCUGAACUUAACUUGCACAAAAAAAGAGCAGCCGCAUACUGAGACAGUUUUUGUUACCCCACCAAGUGCCAACCCAAUUAGUAUCGUCACCACUCAGUUGCCCACCAUUGUGGCCAUCGCCGACCAGAGCAGCGUGCCCUGCUUGCGAGCGCUGACUGCCAGCAAGCAGACCAUCCUCAUCCCACAGCUCACUUACUCCUACACAGCUUCAGGGACGAGUCCCACGGGGACCGAAAUCCAGCUAAAGCCGCCGCAAGCUAACGGCAACCAGGAGGACAGAGUGGACACCAGCUCCAACGGUGGCCCCAACCUGGAGGACCACAACGACUCUGACUCCACACCCCCCAGGAAGAAGAUGAGGAAGACGGAGAACGGGAUGUACAGCUGCGACCUGUGCGACAAGAUCUUCCAGAAGAGCAGCUCCCUGCUGAGGCAUAAGUACGAGCACACGGGGAAGCGCCCCCAUGAGUGCGGAAUCUGCACCAAGGCCUUCAAACACAAGCACCACCUGAUCGAACACUCGCGGCUGCACUCGGGCGAGAAGCCCUACCAGUGCGACAAGUGCGGCAAGCGAUUCUCGCACUCGGGCUCCUACUCGCAGCACAUGAACCACCGCUACUCGUACUGCAAGCGGGAGGCGCGGGGGGGGCGGCAGGCGCGGGAGGGCCCCGGCAUCCGAGCGGCCGACGGCAGGGCCGCCUCCCCGCCCUCUCAGCCGGACUCGGACGACAGGGAGAGCAGCACCCGAGGAGACGAGGAGAGCGAGUAUGAGGAAGAGGAGGAAGAGGAGGAGGAGGAGGAGGAGGAGGAGGAAAUGGAUGGGGUCGGCAUAAACGACGACGAGAUACAGGUGGUGCGAGUGGGCGAGGGAGAGGAGAGCGAGGAAGAUGACCAAGAAUAUGUUGGGGAGGAGCUAGCUGAGGAAGGGGAGGAGUCGGAAAAGGGGGAGGAGAAUCUGCUUCCGGCAACGGCGCUAAUAAAAGAGGAGGAGGAGGCACAGGAAGUGGAUCAAGCGCAGCAGGAAGUGGUGGCGACGGAGACCAAGGAAGCCUUGACAACAGAGGACGUCACGGCAACCGUUAAACAAGAAACGGAGAGCGAGGCCAUCAUGCGAAUCACGGAGGUGGAAGGGGACACUGAGAAGGUCUCCGAGUCUGGGGAAAAGAUUCCAGGAAGUGACACCGAGGGCAAAUGAGCAAAGCUGGAAUAAUUACAAAAAAAGGAGACAAGAGGAAUUGAACCACAUUUUUUUUCCAAUAUACUACAAUAUGUACAGAUUAUUGUUGGGGAAAAAAAAACACGGUUGCCUAAACGCUGUGUUUUAGUUCACUACUGUGUAUAACUCCUGUUGUGCCUGAACUUCAAAAAACAACCGAGUAACUUUUCCAUGUGAGAAAUUUACAGUGUUAGAAAUUGUUUGUUUGAAAAAGGUAAUGAAGUUUAACAAAACUGCAUAUAUAGAGACUGAAGGGCAAAGCUGAUGCGUUUUAGGUAAUGUUUAUUACUAAAACGUCCUGCGUUCUUUCUUUUAUCAGUGUUACUAACUUUGUCACUUAUGUUUUAACCUUUUAAGCUGUACAGUUGGGAGAGAUUUCUAUACCUUUUUAUUGCCAAUGAAGUUUGUUAAAUCAGUAUUUUAUUAAGUUGGAAAAAAAAAAAUCUGCACUACAGUAUUCCUGGUUUGCCUAAGGAUAAAACAGGCUUCAGUAUUACCGCACUAGAGUCCGUCUGCGACACGUCGGCUUCUUUGGUUCUUCGAAAUUGGAUCGUUGGCCUUAAAACAACAUCAUCGUGGGGAGGGUUUGUGUGUUUCCCAUCUGGGAGUUCGCUGCAACAGCCAUGACCCCCAGCCCUUGCGUUGUGCUUUUUAUUUUUUUUUUCGUCUAAAUCUGUGACCACUGUCACCUUUUUCUCCUUUCAAUAAUCUGUCUUCAAGGUGGAUUGAAGCAGGGGGCACAGCAGUGCAGCGCAGACGACGUUCAGUCCCGCAGCCUUAUGCAAGACGUGUGCUGUAAGUGCCAUUGAACAGUGUUAUUUGUUACUAAGCGCUUGUACGCAACACGCGGGGGGCGCUGGGGGCCAUAUCCACUGAGAUUAGUUGGCUGUGUUUUCGUGUGUGUGUGUGUGUGUGUUUUUCAAAUAAUAAAAAAAAAAAGCUAAGCAGAACGGGAAGAAAGCGCUCCGCAGUUUGCCCGAGGUGCGAAUGAAACAUUGCGGCGCUUCAGCUGACAAACGCUGGAUAUGGCCCCAGUAAAAAGGAGAAAAAAAAAAAAACGUUAAUAUUUACCUGUCAGUAUUACUGUGUUUUGUCCAGUUUUAUUUUUAAUGUUUUGCAAAAAACGGUGUAUUUUCCACAAAAGCAGUAUUAGUCUCGUUUCCCCAAUAAGUACCAGUUUAGUUCUAGAAAACUUUUUAUAUUUAUGUCUUAUUUUUUAUAUUUCAAUCUGGUUAUUUAUUACACAGUGUAGUGUAUAAAACUGUAGCUUGUAUUAAAACAGUAAUAUAUUUUAGUAUGAAUAAUUUGUAAGGCAAGUGAAGUCCAAGCCAGAAGAAUGACUCGUGUUUUGUUUUCAAAGGUAUUACAUGUUAAAUUAGUGUUGGAAAAAAAAAUUACAAAUGGAGGACAUAUUUUCAUCAAUAGUUAUUUUCUACCUUUGUCCCUUAAAUCAGUUACUGAGCUGAAAAUGUACUGUGCAACUAAGAAAAAAAGGCCAAAACUAGACUGACAGACAUUUGUUACGGUUUUAUUUGUGCCAGUUCCUCCACAUCUAUGUCUCUCAAGGCUUCUUGUUUUAAAGAUCCCUUUCAGUCCUAGUCAUUCUUAUACGUUUUGCCUCCCCAUCACAAUAAAAUACAUCAUCACAGAUGUCCUGAAGUGUUGACUUUCCAAUUUUAAAUGUGUUUGUAACGUAUUAAGCAUAACUAAAGUAGCAUAACGCUACAGUGGGUUAUUGUAAAGGUUUCAUCUGAAGGGAUUGAUGUUUUGAAGAACUAAACUCCAUUAUUUUAUGGUCGGUGCAACUUGAAAAAAAUUCAUACUGAGAUGAAAUCUGUGAUCCCCCCCCACACCAUUACCCUGAGCUCGUACGGUAAAGUACGAUCACGCCCACAUCCGCAAUACAUUGCUUAUGCUGUUUUGGGGGGUCAUUAUACAUUAUACCUCCGACCUCCACCUGUGUAGUUGUUGGUCACAGAAUAGGAACUGAAAUGUUGAUGCUUAAUUUUUCUUCUACUGGAAUUUUUUUCCCCAUAUAAAGAGGUAAAAGCCAAACCACAAGGUCUUUCCACAGAAAUUUAGAAAAUUUUAAUUUCGCCCCUCAAUAACAUUCGAAAAGCUUUAUGAAUUGAGCCGAUUGCCGUAAGUACGACCCCAGCUGUAGAAAAGUGUUCAAGUCUUUCUGCA